AUGGAGCAGUUGAAGCCCAUCAUCUCGAAAAACUACAAAUCAUUGACAGAUGAAGAAAUUGAGGACUUCUUCAAGGACUUGGAUCGCAACAACGAUGGGUACGUCAAUUUCGAAGAGCUCGACAAGAAACUGCAUGAAGUACAUGAAGAGAUCGCACCACAGCUGCAAAAACAUCACAUUCUGCACCCGGCGCGACGCGAUGCUGAGAAGAGCAUCGGCGACAAUGGAGAUGGGCUGCAUGCGUUUUUAUGCCAGCUCAUGCCAGAGUGCGGCGCGAAGUUGAGCAAAGAAGACUUUAUACGGCACGUCCAGACCUGGAACAUUCCGAGCCAGAAGCAGAGCGACUCGAAAGAGGCCGAUAGAGAGGCGCAGGAAGAGGAAAAGAAGCUUCCCUAUCGAAGACGACUUCGCGCUUACUUGGCUGUUCAUGGGCCGAACAUCAUCUUCAUCGCCUUUGUCGUGGCGUGGAUGGUCGCAUUUGGACUCUGGCAGAUGAUCAUCUACAUUCAGAACCAGCCCGCACGACGAGCUCUGGGAUGGGGCGUGAUACUGGCGAAAGCCAGCGCUGGUGUGAUCUAUCCGACCUUCGUCUUAAUGCUUCUAUCGAUGAGCAGGCACCUGUCCACAUUCCUGCGGCGUAGCUGGCUGAUCAGCAGAGUCAUCAACUGGGACCUCAGCCAAAAGUUCCACAUCAUCAUGUCCAUUGCCGGUCUAUUCUUUGCCACGCUCCAUGCCAUCGGUCAUCUCACCGGUUCUUUUCUGUACGGCUCUCGACCCGCACAACAGGAUGAUCUGGCAGCAUACCUGGGGCCUGAGGCCACACCCAAGCGAUACGUAGACUUUGUACGUACACUUCCGGGAUGGAGCGGGCUCGUGUCCCUGGGCUUAUUCUGGCUGAUCAGUCUGAUGAGUAUGCCUGUGGUGCGAAAAUGGAACUAUGAAGUAUUUCAGCUUGCACAUCUGCUCAUGUUUCCCUUGAUUGGCCUUCUCUGUGCCCACGGAACUGCUGCUCUCCUGCAGGCACCCAUGCUCGGCUACUUUCUGGCCUUCCCGGCGCUGCUGGUCAUAUUUGAGCGUGCCCGAAGAUUCAUUCGGGGUUUCUUGAGCAUGCCGGCGACACUCAAAGUACUCGACGACGAUGCAGUCUCUGUGACUAUCAGGACAAAGGAUGGGACCAACUGGUCGUACAACGCUGGCCAAUAUCUCCUGCUGCAAGUCCCUCAAAUCAGCGUCUUUCAAUGGCAUCCAUUCACAAUCUCUGCAUGCCGCGGCAACGAAAUGCAGGUUCACAUCAAAGUAGAAGGCGAUUGGACCGAAGGGCUACGAGAACUGGGCUUGAAGCAGGAGGACAUCAAGGUGGGUAUUGACGGGCCUUUUGGUGCCCCAGCUCAGCGAUUCUACGACUACGACUACUCGAUCAUCGUCGGUGGCGGUAUCGGCAUCACUCCCUUCUCUGCCAUCCUGACGGAUCUCGAGGAGAAUUACAAGGACAGUAGAGAUCCAUGGCAAUCGCGACGUAGCUCGCGCUCUGCAUCGAGAGGGCUCUCGUCAAGGCGUGCCUCUCGUCACUACUCGCGCUCUCGCCGCUCGUCACAAGCUUCCACACCCGUCAUUGAAGGCGAAAACGGCCUUGAGGCCAAGACGAACACCGAGAAGGCUCCCACAGACGACCCGACUGCUUUCGAGAGUACUCAGUCGGGUACUACACGACCUCGCUGCAACAAUCCCGAACGUCGCGUCGACUUCCACUGGACCGUCCGCGAAAAGAACAAUCUCCUCUGGUUCUCCGACCUGCUCAAUCGAGCAAUUGUAGGCGCCGGCCCCCUGCGAGAGCAAAGCAAACUCGACCUCAACAUCCACACCCACAUCACCGCUAAGCGGAAAAACAUUUCCACCCACGUCUUUCGAUACAUUCUCGAUGGCUACCGCACCAAAGCCGCGCCCUACUCGGCUUUGACGGGCUUGAAGCAGAGAAGUCACUUUGGACGACCGGAUUUUGAAAAGAUUCUCAAUGAACAUUUUCAAAAUCUCGUCGAAGAUGGUCUCACGGAGAAGAAAGUUGGUGUUUUUUACUGUGGCGCUCCCGUCGUGGGCGAAAUCCUCUCGGAUCAAUGCCAUCAGCUCACGGCACAGGCACGCGAUAUGGGACUCAAGAUUCGCUAUGAUUUCUUGAUGGAGGUGUUUGGCUAAGAAAUUCGAGUCUUUUUUGUUUUCUUCUUUUUUUUCUUCACUAAAGUUUUUGCGAAGCGAGGAGUUAAAGUUCAGCGGGAGGAGUAGUGGGGGAAAUGGACAUUUGAUACCAAAAAACAUUCUAUUUGAAACUUUUUUGUCUUAUUUUAUUUCUUAAUACUGUAGGAAGAAAAUAGGGUUAGAUUGUAGGGUUAGG